UUGGACCGCGCGUAAAGACGCACUAACCAGGAGCUUCUUCUCCCUGCAGCUGAGGAGCCAGGAGCAGGAUGCUGGCGAGGAAGAGCAUCAUCCCGGAGGAGUUCGGUCUCCCGGGCCUCGCGUCCCGCAUGCCCCGCAAACCCGUGUUCAGGGACCGGGUCAACAAGGCGCGCUUCAUCGCCAAGAACGGUGCGUGCAACCUGGCGCACAAGAACAUCCGCGAGCAGGGCCGCUUCCUGCAGGACGUGUUCACCACGCUGGUGGACCUGAAGUGGCGCUUCACGCUGGUGAUCUUCACCACCACCUUCGUCUCCAGCUGGCUCCUCUUCGCCAUGAGCUGGUGGCUGGUGGCCUUCGGGCACGGGGACCUGGACGCGGACCGCAACAAGACCCGCUGCGUCACCGAAGUCAAGUCGUUCACGUCAGCCUUCCUCUUCUCCAUCGAGGUGCAGGUGACCAUCGGCUUCGGGGGACGGAUGAUCACGGAGCAGUGUCCCAUCGCCAUCACCGUCCUCAUCCUGCAGAACAUCGUGGGACUCAUCAUCAACGCCGUCAUGCUGGGUUGUAUCUUCAUGAAGACGGCUCAGUCCAACCGUCGAGCCGAGACGUUGAUCUUCAGCCGUCACGCCGUGAUCGCUGUCAGAAACAAUCACCUGUGCUUCAUGAUUCGUAUCGGAGACCUGAGGAAGAGUAUGAUCAUCGGAGCCACGGUCCGGCUACAGGUGGUGAGGAAGACGACCACACCCGAGGGGGAAGUGAUCCCCAUCCAGCAGAUCGACGUGCAGACGGAAAGCGCCGUGGCGAGCAACAGCCUGUUCCUCCUCGCUCCGCUCAUCAUCUGCCACACCAUCGACAGGAGCAGUCCGCUGUACGACCUGUCGGCCAUGGAGCUGCAGUGCAGUGACCUGGAGGUGAUCGUCAUUCUGGAGGGAGUGGUGGAGACCACCGGGAUCACCACACAGGCCCGGACCUCCUAUGUCUCCGAGGAGAUCCAGUGGGGUCACCGCUUUGUUCCCAUAGUAACAGAGGAGGACGGGGUGUACUCUGUGGACUACUCCAAGUUUGGCAACACAGUCAAGGUGACGACGCCGCUGUGCAGCGCCAGAGAACUGGACGAGAAGCCGUCCAUCUUAAUUCAAACUCUGCAGAAGAGCGAACUGUCGCACCAGAACUCGCUGAGGAAGCGUAACUCCAUGAGACGCAACAACUCCAUGCGUAAGAACGCGGGAAGCAGCGGGAGCCUGCGCAGGAACAACUCAGCCAAGGUCCAGUUCUUCACCCCGGGCGACGGAGGCCAGAACCUGAACAACGUCACCUGACAUGAGGCCCUGCUCCUAUUGGCCGCCCUGCUCCUCCUGGGGGGAUGCAGGGCUGUGGGUGUCGGCCUCUCUCCUCCUCUGAUGGGACUCGAUCUCUUUCUGUUAUCUGUUUUAUCCCAACACGGCUGCUGAUAUUCAGCAGCUAUCUGAUGAUGUCACUCCGUGUGUGUAACCACGGAGUGACAUCAUCAGAUAAGGAUCCUACACAGUCUUUUAUGUUUUAUCAAGAAUCCAGUUCAUCCUCAGAGGGAUUUAAAGUAUGUGCAUCAGCAUUUUAAUGUCUAAUUAUACUUAAGUGGAGUUUUAAAAGAUAGUUUUGAACUGACGGUCGAACAAUGUGAUGGACACAUGUCACUAAACCUUUAAAGGUCAACCCCCCCCCCCCCGACCCAGUUUAUUUUGUUUGCUUGUCUGGAGAUUGUUUAUAAAAACCAUCAGAUGAUCCUUGUGGAUAGAACGUGUGUUUCCCAGUUUCUUAUUUGCUGAAACGAGCCAGGUUGUUUUGUUUUUUAUUGUCACAUUCACUUUGAAAAUGUUUCACAUUAAUAGAUUCAUGAAAAACUAUAAAAAAAAGAAAUUAGAUAAUAAAAAUGAUUGGUAGUUGAAGCUUCUUUGUCGAUAAGAUGUUUUCAUGUUUAACUUGACGCUUCUGACUGGACUUCACUGAAGUGACGAAGACUCAGAUGUGAUGGAGACGAUGAUCUGCUCGUACAGGAAAUGAAGCUUCACCUGCACAAACACUAAAGUCACUACUAGUGUUAACAAUAUGGGGAUAACGGAAAUCAAUAUAUCAAUCAAUAGAUCAAUGAAUCAAUCAAUCACUGUACAUUUGAUCGUGUUAUGACAAUACAUUUACUCACUUCAUCUGAACAUGUUUCAGUAUUUUAC